AUGGGCGAGGCCUCCCCCGCAGAGUCCACGCCUGCGCAAAGCGCUUCUUCCGCCGACCCCAGCGCGCCGUCCGACGGGGCUGGGCACCCAGCGGCGAUGGCGGAAGCGGCGGAAGACCUGUCGGACCUGCUCAUUCAGGGGGCGAGGUACGGGGACAUGGAGGACGUGGCAGCAGCGCUGGACGGGGGAGCGGAUGCUGGCGUGGCGGACGAUGAGGGGCGCACAGCGCUGCACAUGGCAGCAGCCAACGGCCACACAGAGAUCGCCCGUCUGCUCAUCCAACGAGGCGCUCCCGUGAACGCAGUGAACCGGCAGUGCAACACACCACUGCACUGGGCGGCUGUCAAUGGCAGGGACUCGAUGGUGCAUUUGCUCAUUGCUUCUGGAGCCAGCCCCUCCGCCCUCAACAGCCACGAGCGCACGCCAGUGGACGAGGCGAUUCACAGCAACAACCAGCUCACCCUAGACGCCAUCAACACUGCCGUUGCCACGCGGGAUGCUGCGAGCUUGACUGUCGCGGGCAGUCACGGCGACGACACAGGGGACGAUGGCGAUGGGGGAGAUGAAGCCACGGAUAUCAUGGACCACGAGCGCACGCCAGUGGAUGAGGCGAUUCACAGCAAAAACCAGCUCACUUUAGACGCCAUCAACACUGCCGUUGCCACGCGGGAUGCUGCGAGCUUGACUGUCGCGGGCAGUCACAACGACGACACAGGGGGCGAUGGAGAUGGGGGAGAUGAAGCCACGGAUAUCAUGGAGUGA